UUAAGAAAAUUAGUACUAUUAAACAACAAAAUCUCUUGUAGUUCUACUCGAACCCCAAUUCUACAGUCUACAGAUACAUACAUACACACUCUCGAUCACAGCAAACUGACGAAUCAUCGAUUGAAUCAAUCAUGGCGACCACAAACCCCCAAUUUCUCUCUUGUUUUUUCCUUCUGAACAUCCUCCUUCUGCUCGCCACGACGUCGUUUGCUUUCCAAUCGGACGAACUCCUUGUCGAUGACGACGAAUUCGGUCUCGAGGGCGGCCGGCUGCCCGAUCCGCCGGCCGUAACCCGGCCCGUCACUACGGCCCGCAGACGUUCGCCGGAAUCGGGUUCGGAUCCGGACUCGAAGAUCCAGAUCCAGUUCCAGCUCGAGCACGCCUUCGGGGACUCGGAUUUCUCGCCCGCCGGGACUUUCACCGCUCGCCUGAAGACGUCGCCGAAUGGUGGUCAGACGCUAACGAAGCUUCGGUUCUCGAGGAAUGCCUUGAGUCAGACUGAUAAGGAGAAUUUCAAAAGACUUAUAGAAGGAGAUGACUUCUAUCAGAUAAGACUACCAUCAAACUUGCUAAGCCAGCCUGGAAGAGAGUACGUCAUUUCAUCUGUGAAGGCGAGAUGUCUUUCACAGCGGGAUGCAUUGGACGAACAUUUUGUCAUAAACAUGGACGGUGUGAAUGUGUUGGGUGUUAAUUAUGGCCCCCCUGGAUCCUGCCAGUAUCCCCGUGUAUUGAGACCUCCUACAAAGUGGUCUUUCAACUCUCAUACACUUUUGAAGUACAGUAAUGAGGUUCUUAGAACUCCAGUAUUUACAGAAGCAAUACUUGGAGAGAACGGAGAAGGUGAAGAACUGAAGCCUCCGGAGAGGUCCUUCUGGGCUAAAUAUUGGAUGUACUUGAUCCCUCUCGGGCUCAUACUCAUGAAUGCCAUGACUCAAGCCAUGAACAUGCCUGAGGAACAGGCUACUGGGCAACCAGGCACGCAAGGUCCACAAGCAAUUUCAGGACGUGGUCAGGCUCCUGCAGUGCGAAGAAGAAACUAAUUAUUGGCAGAUGGUUUAAGAGAACAUAUCUUUUGGUACUUAUACUAUAUGUUCUUAAGUUUUCAUUUAGUUCUUCUAAGCCUCUUUGUAUUUUUCGUUUGUUUGUUGUAUUUUGGCGUGUCUUUAGUGGGAUUUGUGUAGGGGCUGGCUGGCCGGGUAAUAUGAAAUUUCUUGCGGAGGAAGUUUAUAUCUUUGGGUUAAAGUUUGGAGCAUUGAAUGACUGAUAUAUUAGAAUCUGAGACCAUUAUACUUGAGCAACAAUAUUAUACUGAAUCCAUGAUCACGACCUGUUUGUGGAUUAUGAUCCCAUUUGAUUGAUUACUAAUAUCUAGAGCUAACAUGAUGAGGGUAUUUUUACCUGUUGGAGGUGAACUGCCAUAGGGAUGCUGUUUUGAUAUUGCUGCGCAUGAUUUUAUGAAUCAUUGUCUUAAAACAAAUAAGCUGUGCUUUCUUUGUUCAACUGAUGUAUGAUAUUGUUUCCAACACUGCAGGUUGUUGCAGGCAUACGACUAUUUGAUGAAAAGAUCACUAAUCUCGAAGAGGAUAUACUCCACCAAGUAGCAUUUCAUCCAACAUUAGAGAAGGCGCGGCUUGUAUUCAUCAAGGGAGAUAACUCGGUAGUUCCCAAAGAACCCAAAAGGGUGCUCCUCCAGCAAAACGACGUUAUGUUGCUUUAAGUCAUCAGAAAACAAGUAGAUACUUAUUUUGUGCUGAGACGCGACUCUGCACUUCUUCUUAAACUAGUUUCUAGCAUCUAACUUUAUGUCUGCUGUGCUUCCUUGUUUCUGACCUAAGGAGCAGUGAGCUUGAAUGUCAGUUGAAAAUAUUUUUAAUUGAAAAAUCAGAUUUUU